AUGGCCAAAAAGAAAGUUGCCCAUGCUCAAUCUCAAUCUCUUGACCACAAGACAUUAACCCCACCAACCACAACCACAACCACCAUUGAUGACUCUUCUGUUCAGAUUCAGAAUCUCAAGAACCUUAACAACGUUCUUCUCAAAGAAACUACUAAUCACAGAAACCACAUUCAAGAACUUCUUCAUUCAAAUCACGCUGCCAUGGACGCUGAAGCGAGAAUCUCCGAGAAUAAUUUUGCUUUGGAGAUUGAAAAGGUUGUUGAGGAGAGGGAUGAGAACAAGUACGAGGUUGAUGUUCAGAAGGAGAAGGUGAAUGACCUUGUGUUGAGUCUCGAGAAUGAGAAGCGGAAUGUGGGGAAGAUUAGGUUGGAAGCCGGGAGUCUGCUGGAGGAGAAGAUUCAGAAGGAAAGAAGGGUUGAAGAGCUUGAAAAUGAGAAAGAUUUGACUUUGAAGAAGUUGAUUGAGUCAGAGAAGGUGAUUGAUGAGUUGAAGGAGAAGAUGGAUUUGUUGGUGAAGGUGAAGAAUGAGAUUGAGAAUGUGAACAGUACUCAGGGGACAAAGAUCUUUGACCUCGAACGUGAGGUGCUGCAACAUGGCGACCUUUUGAAAAACUCGCGGAAAGAAGAGGAGCUGAUGCGCAUUAAGAUUGUUGAAAUGGAAGAAACUAUUGGGCUUGCUGUGGAGAAAGAGAGGGAACUGAGGGUGGAAUAUGGCUAUUUGGUUGGAGAGAAGAAGGAAAUGGAGAAGAGUAUUGAGAUUUUAACUGAGGCAAGAGAUGGUGUUUUGAGAAAACUUGAUGUGGUUGAGAGAGAGUUGGAGAAUAGGCAGCGCGAGGUUGAUGAAGCGAAUAGAGCCAGAGAGGAGAUUGAGAAGGUUAAAGUUAGUGGCGAGGACGAAAUUAUUGAGUUGCUAGGUGAAGUGAGUCGACUAAGGGGUGUUGUUGAUGAGUUGGAAAUGUCUUGCAAAAAGGUUGAAGAGAAAAAUAUUGGAUUAUGGUCUCAAGUUCAUCAUUAUAGUAAUGUUAUUCUAGAGGAAAAAUCUAUGAAUGAGCUCAACAUUAAGAAGUUUGAAGAAGAGAAAACUAAAGUGGAGAGUUUUGAGUCACAAGCUGUGGUAAUGCAGGAAAAAAUUGAGCAAUUACUUUCUCAAGUUCAAUCUUAUAAGAAAGUUGUUGAUGAAGUGGUGCUUGAGAGGGAUAACAUUGAAAAGAGAUAUGAUGAGGAGAAAAACAAAGUAAAGAAUUUGGAGUCACAAGUUGUGGCAAUGGAGAAAAAGAUUGAGCUAUUACUUUCUCAAGUUCAAUGUUCUAAGAAUGCGGUUGAUGAAGUGGUGCUUGAGAGGGAUAACAUCAAAAAGGGAUAUGAUGAGGAGCAAACCAAAGUGGGGAAUUUGGAGUUGCAAGUUGCUGAGUUGAAGCUUGAGAAGGAUACCGUCAAGAAGGGAUAUGAGAAGGAGAAGAAUAAGGGGGAGAAUUUGGAGUUGCAAGUUGCAGGACUGAAGGAAAAAAUUGGAAAUGUUGAAGCUGAUUUGGCCAAGAUAAGAAGCGAGAAAGAGAAGAUGAAUGAGAGGAACAAGGGGCUGGGAGGCCGAGUAGAUGUUUUGAUUAAGGAAAAGGAUGCUGCACAUAGUAGCCUUAUUGCUGCUCAACGAGAAUGCGAUGAAUUGAGAGCUAAGUUUGACUCAUCCUGCAUCAAUUCUAAGCAGGCCUUGGAAUUGUUGAAGAGUACUGCUGCUGCAGUUGUGGUUAAGGAAAGUGUGGAAGUGAUUCCUCGCAGUGGGAAGAAGAAACACGAGAAAGAAGAAAUUCAGUCUUUUGCUGAAGAAUUAGAGACGAUAAAGAAAGCAUUCAAAGUUAAGAAUGAAAUGGUGGAUCAGAUGAAGCAACAAGUUGUAUCUAUGCAGAAGUCUGUGUCUGAUGCGCAAGGUAAGCAAUUUUGGACUGGGAUGUCAUCUGCUGCUACACUUUUGAUCGCUCUGACUGCCUAUAUUGCUAAAGGUCGCUGA